AAUUGAAUGAAAAACAUCGAAAGGCUGGCUAAUAGAUCCAGAAAUGAAUAAGGUUGAAAAUUUAGAGGGGAGAAAGAGAGAAAAACAAAGAUUUCUGUUGAUCUUAUGAAUCAGCAUUCAGACGUUGUUAUAUACCUUAACCUUGUUUCUGCUUUUUUUAAACAAAUUUAACCUUCUUUUAAUCAAUCAGAUGACCUUAAUUGGACUAUUUUCGUUACUGUGAAAAUUUAAUUAUGAAUUUUGAAUUAACUUUUUUAUUGUGCCUUCAAUUAUUACUUUUAAUGAUGGCUCAGUCCAUAAAAGCAACAUCUGUAACAUCUGAUCGCCAACCCCUUUGGAACAGAAGCAAUCCAAUACUUGACACCAACUUGGACAUUGAAUUAUUAGCUGCUUUUGUGUUAAUUAGAGGACAUAUUGUUAUGGGACCAGAAUCUGAAAUGGACUUGGACACAAUUGUUUUGGAUAAAUUGAUUAACCAUUUGUACAAAUUACAACGACGAUCCUUUUCACCAACAGGCUUACUGCUUUAUCCAGCUAUGGAGGAAAGGGAUUUAGGCUGUGAUUCACUUGCACCUGAUAACAGACCUCUUUGUCACGCUGUUACCCAAGAGUGUUUGUCAGCAGCUGAUAUGAUAUCAAUGAUGCCAAAGAAAAUAGUGUCCCUACAUCAAGCAUUAACUCGUCUCUGUCCGUUAAUCUUGUUCCGUCAGACCCGAGUAUUGUGUGAAGUUGUUGAUUCACACGCUAAAGCAUCAAAGAAACCCAUUCUGGUUGAACCUUCAUCUGAGAAAGUUUGGGCAUUUGCUAUUCUUUUUGUUACUUUAUCAAUUGUCGUUUCAAUGGGAGGUUUAAUUUUACUGCCCUUUUUACACCGUGACCAUCGACGAACCAUACUGACUCUGUUUGAAGGUUUAGCUGCCGGUGGAUUGGCAGGAUCAGCUAUUCUUCAUUUAUUUCCACAAGCCUUUGGUAUAGCUGAUGACGAUUAUCGUAAAUAUUUUUGGAAAACAUUCUUCAUUUUUGCAGGGAUUUAUUUUUUUUACAUCAUUGAAAGACUUUUGAAACUUCUCGUUUUUAUGAAAGUUCGUAAUGGACCUCGAGGUAGGCGACGACGAAACUCAUCAAUUCCUGAUGAAAUUGAUCCAUUUAGCAUUUUAACACGAUCAAGUACUUUGAGUAGGCCUCCAGGCUUAGUUUCAACUGCAAGAGGCUUUGACUCUGCCAGUGCGGAAACCGAAAUCCUUGAAACUCUGUUCACAUCACCGACAGCUCAUGCUGACUCGCCUAAAUUUCAAAUGGAUGCUAAACUGGCCAGUAUACGUGAUCCUGUGACAUUAAAAAGCAUAGCUGUUCAAGACAUUGGACCAUCAAGUGAUUUGGCGGUUGUAGCUGCUGCAUCUGUGACUGCAGUUAGCGUUACUGGCAAUUUAGCUCCUGGUGGUUCCUCUCUAGCAACCGAUAUCGAUACGAUUUUGAGGAAACAAGCUUUUGUCUCUGAUAUGGCUGGUCGCAGGAAAGAUCAAUAUACUUCUACUCGAGCCAUUAUUGACGCUGCCGCAUGGAUGAUUGUUUUAGGUGAUGCAUCACUCAAUUUCAUCGAUGGUCUAUCUAUUGGUGCUGCUUUUGAUCGUAACAUUUUAGCUGGAAUAUCAAUUUCGGUUGCUGUCAUGUUGGAAGAAGUGCCUCAUCGAUUAGGAACGUUUGCAGUCUUAAUUAGAGCUGGAAUGGAGAUGAAACAAGGAUUUUUUCUGAUUUUUAUUUCCGCUUGUACGCUUUAUGCUGGUCUUGUUUUGGGUAUCUUUUUGGGUGAUGCUGCUGAAGAAGAAUCGCCUUAUAUAUUUGCUUUGGCUGGUGGCAUGUUUUUAUAUAUGGCUUUGGUUGAUGUUAUGAGAGAAAUGAAUAGAUCGAUGGAAAAUGCAAGUCGCAAAGGUGUAAAAUCAUCGUUACAAAUCCUCGCUCUUCAGAAUGCUGGAAUUGCUUUGGCUGUUUUGUCUCUUUCUAUUUUAGCUCUUUAUGAAAAGGAUAUGGAUUUCGAAGCGGUUGAGCUUGAAGAGUUGACUCAAAAUGCUCUCCAAUGAUUGCAGUACUCAUACCAUUAAGAUAAUGGCCACGAAAAAAGUUUGCUGCAAAUGCGUUUAUCGGACGAAUUAGACCAAGCAAUUAAAGAAAUUGAAGAGUUUAGUUGAAUCAGGUUCUUAUCAAGUUUAUCUGGUUUAAUAUUGUUACUAAUUUAUUAUCAUUCGAAUAUAUCUUUUGUUAAAGACGAAGUGAAGAAACGAAAAGUACAAAUUCGCAAACAAAUAAGGAGUUAAAAAAGAAAUUCAAUAAUCUUAAUGAUUAAAAAUUAAUCUAACGAGAGUGUGGAGCAUUUGAUUUUGAUUUUAUUCUUGUUAUUUUCAUAUCAUUUUAUACAUCUAAAUUUCAUCUGUAAAUUCAUUCAGAUUGUUGAUCAAUGAAAAAUUUAACUGUAAUGUUUUGUUUCUAGAAGUGGUCAAUAAUUUUCACCACUUAAUAAAAUUUUAACUCAAGAGAAAAA